AUGAAGGUAAACAAUAACAUGCACAACACAAGGGAAGUGAGCAGGACACCAAACAGUAAACACACACAGGAGCGUGAAGCACCGCCAACACCAAAACACGGACUGCCGCCUGCCGGUAAAAGGCUCAAAGCACUACCACUACGUUUGAGCGGCGGGCGCGGUGAUGGACGGGUUCACAGUGUGGCCACCAGCACGAUCAAUAUUGAUUGUAACCUGCAGUAUAAUAUGGGAAAAGUUAGAAAUUUCAAACAACAACCACCACCACAACAACAACAACCAUCAUCACCUCAGAAACAACAGAAACAACAUCAGUUAACAAUGCCUCUUGUAAAUAAUAAUGUAACAACACCAGUUUUAUGCUUGGACCAUUCUACGGUAUCUGAUAAUUGUGAUUCUAAAAAUAUUAAAAAUCUGAACAUUUUAAGAUUGAAUAAAGUUAUUGAAAAUGGAAUGAUAAAGAUAGUAAAUAUACCAGCGGAUAUAAAUUCAAUACCUGAAGUUUUGCCCCAAAAAUCUAAAAAAAGAUCUAUGGAGUAUCCUGAUGCCUCUUUUGUAGCUAUGAAAUCUGCUCGUAUUGAAAGAUCUCAACCAUCAGAUCCUAUUGUUAUUACAGUUCCUGAUAGUGCACAAAUGGCAGAAAGUAGUACACCAUUAUCGUUAACCAUUAAUAAUGAAUUUAUUAUGAUUGAUGAUAUGAAUCAUGGACCUGAUCAUUUCAAAUGCUAUUUAUGCAAUUUGAAUAUUGUACCAUCUCGGCGCGCUAUCAUACAUCAUAUGAAACUAAGUCAUAAAAUUACAAAUUUAGUUUUUGUAACAGUACGUCCUAAUUUAACCGAUUGGAAUAAAGACGAGCAUAAAGACAUGCAUAAAGACAUGCAUAAAGACAUGCAUAAAGACGACCAUAAGAAACAAAAAAAUAAUGUGAAUUGUAAAGAAAUCUUAUGCGAUAAAAGAAUGGAAAAACAACCAAAUAAUACAAAAUAUAACUUAGUCAAUUCUUUAAUGCCCCGACAAAAUAAACACAAUAGUACAAGCUUAAAAAGAAAACGUUCUUCUGAUUUUGGCAACCAGGAAGGACGACCACUAAAAAUAAAACCAAUAAUUAAAGAAAAAAUAAAAAACCUGUACUUUUCUCCUAAUACUAUUGAAAGCAUUCCUAAGUCACAUAUAUUUUCGGAUCCGAUUAGCUGUUCAUUAUGUACAUAUAAAACAAAGGUGCGGUCCAAUCUAGUUAUACAUUUGAAUGCACAUGAAAAAGGACUAGAUUAUACUACUAAGGAAAUUGUUAAUCCUGUACUUUCUAUUGGAAAGUCUGAACUUAUGUCUGACAAGAUGAUAAAUCUUUCUGCGAGUUCAUUUGAUGCUAUGAAAACUGAAGAGAUGAAAAAAACUGAACUUGAUAAAAAUAACGUUGAAGUAGCCACAAAUGACAGAGGUAGAAGCAAAGUUCCAUCUAUUGUGCCUCAAUGGAUAUGCAAUAUAUGCUCUACUGGCUUAAGAUAUACAGAAAAUGAGAUAACAUCACAUAUUUUAAAGGCCCAUAAAAUAUCAAAUAUGUUUAAAUGUCCUAUGUGUAAAUUUGAAAACAAAGACGAUAAUGCUAGUAUAUUUAAAGAACAUUAUAAGUCGGAACAUCCUUCAGUAGCAGUACAGUGCUUAAGAGUAUUUGAAAUGAUUACUGAUAAAGAAGAAUGGCACAAACCUUUGAGGGAUGCAGAAAACUAUUUAGAACAAAUAGCUUUAGAUAGUAUUGACACUAAAAUUGUGCCUCCUAAUUGUAGAGGAAUUCCGAUUGAAUCAACAUCAUUGACAAUGAUUAAUAAAUGUCGUGGUACACCUAAUAAACAGAAAAUGAUAAAAGAUAUUUUUAAUACGAAUGAUAAGCUAGGAGGGAUAUCUUCAAAUGGUCGACACUUUGUAUGUCCAAAAUGCGAAGUAUUUAAAACUAUUAAUGUUGAACUUUUUCGCGAACACUUGUAUAAAGAAGUUAAUUAUAAAACAUGGAAAUGCUUGAAAUGUUUUAAAAUAUCCGAUUCUUCUAAAAAAAUGGCGUGGCAUGUAAAGAAACAUGGAGUUGGAAACGCGUAUAUAAAAAUUGAAGAUGAGGAUAAAUUGAGAUGGGUUGAUAGAGUUAUUGAACACCAGCAUUUGUUAUUGACUGCAUUUAAGCAAGAAAAGCAGCGAAACGUCAUAUAAAAAAUAUUGAGACGUAUAAAUCUGUAAUACCUAGUUAAUUAUAAAAAAAAAUAAAAAAAAAUAAAAAAAAAUAAAAAAUAAAAAAAAAUAAAAAAAAAUAAAAAAAACAAAAAAAAAUAAAACAAAAUAAUAAUAAAAAGACAUCAAAUUCCCCACAUAAAGUUAGUAUAAAUAGUAUUUACGUAAUAUAAAUAAAGUAAUAAAUAUACACGAUAAAAAGCAUCCAUUCACCAUUUUUGAAAUGUAUGAAACUAUAUAUUUUGAUGACCAUUUUCAUGCCUUCAAUGUUGUUAAGACAAACAAUUUAAUAUGUAUUUCUUUGGAACAAUUGGGUAGUAUAUUUCCUACUCAUUCUGUAAACAUAUCCGGAUUAACAUUCAUACCAACAAAAUAAAAUAUGUAUGUUGUAUUUUUUUAUCAUUAUUAAAUUCCUACUCGUAAUAAUUAUUAUAAAUGUACCAAUGUAUAAAA